AUGGGCUCCAUUUUGUUUCUCUUUUUGUUUCUCUUAUCUUUAAUUUUUUCUUCUCUUUUCCUUUGCCUAUUUGCUUUUUUUUUCUUCUCACUUUUUCAUUUUAAUGUUUUUCUUUAUUUUUCUUCCAUUUUUAUUUCCUUUCUUUUUUGUUUUUAUCCUUACAGAAUUCAUCUUUACUUUUUUUUUUCUCUUUAUUUUCUUGCUCGAUUUCUCAUAAUUUUUAACUUUCCUCUGUUUCUUUCUUCUGUUAGCUCCUCACCCUUCGACAUCUUUUUCAUCUGCUCUUUUCUUUAUUUCUCUCAUCCAAUUUUUUCUUCCCCACCUCAAUUUACACCAAUUCACCACCCCCACCCCGGCACACCUUAUAUUUCUUUAUCUUCUUUUUUCUUUUCUUUUCAUUCAGCAGUUCUCUUUCAUCUUUUUUCUUUCCAUUCUCCCCCACCACAACCAUUUUGCUGCUCUUUAGAACACUCUUAUCUCCUUUACUCCAUCUUCUUCUUCUCACACCAGUCCAUUGCCAAUGUCUUUAAUCUGCCACCACCUCCUCCAUUUUUGUAA